AUGAGUCUUGAUGAGGACGCGCGCUGGCUGGAGUGGAUCACAAAGCAGUUUGAGACCAUUGCUGGAGAAGAUAAGGAAAUUGACCUGGAUGAGUUUAAAACAGCACUCAAAGUCAAGGAGUCCUUCUUUGCGGAGAGGUUCUUUGCCCUCUUUGAUGCCGACGGAAGCUGCUCCAUCAGCCUGGAUGAGCUCUUGAAGGCCCUGCAGCUACUCAUCCAUGGAAGUGAGACGGACAAGCUGCGCUUCCUCUUCCAGGUGUAUGACGUGGAUGGCAGUGGCUCCAUUGAUCCUGACGAACUCCGCACUGUGCUCAAAUCCUGCCUUCGUGAGAGCGCCAUUUCCCUCCCCGAGGAGAAGCUGGAUGAUCUGACCCUUGCCCUGUUUGAGUCAGCCGACAAGGACAGCAGUGGCUCCAUCACCUUCGAGGAGCUGAAGGCAGAGCUGGAGAGCUUUCCGGAAGUUAUGGAGAACCUGACCAUCAGUGCUGCUAACUGGCUGAAGCCACCAGUGAUGGAGCAGAAGAAGCGGCAAACACCUCGCUACCUCACCCCAGCGUACUGGCACAACAACAGCCGCAAGCUGCUCUUCCUGUUCAGCUACGUCUGCCUGAACGUGCUGCUGUUCACUCUGGCCGCACUGCGCCACGCUGCCGGCGGGCCCUGCUUCAUGGUGGCCAAGGGCUGCGGGCAGUGCCUCAACUUCAACUGCACCUUUGUCAUGGUGCUGAUGUUGCGUCGCUGCCUCACCUGGCUCAGGGCUACCUGGGUGGUCCGGGUCUUGCCCCUGGACCAGAACAUCCUGCUGCAUCAGACGGUGGGCUACGCCAUCCUGAUCUUCAGCCUGGUUCACACACUGGCACACCUCAUGAACUUCGUGCGGAUGACCCAAGCCCAGGGCGCUUACCACCUGUGGGAGUACCUGCUGACCACACGACCCGGCAUUGGCUGGGUGGGUGGCACAGCCUCCAUCACUGGCGUCGUGCUGCAGCUCCUCAUCUGCCUCAUGGUGCUCUGCUCCUGCACCUUCGUCCGUCGCAGUGGCCACUUCGAGGUCUUCUACUGGUCACAUCUCUCCUACAUCUGGGUCUGGGUCCUGCUGGUGGUGCACUGCGCCAACUUCUGGAAGUGGUUUGUGGUGCCGGGCUUCGUCUUCCUGCUGGAGAAGGUGAUGGGUAUGGCAGAGUCACGCAUGGGUGGGCUCUACAUUGUGGAGGUCAACCUGUUACCAUCCAAGGUGACCCAUCUGGUGAUCAAGAGACCCCAGUUUUUCCAUUUCAAGCCCGGUGACUAUGUGUACAUCAACAUCCCGGCCAUCGCUAAGUAUGAGUGGCACCCGUUUACCAUCAGCAGCGCCCCGGAGCAGCAGGACGCGAUAUGGCUUCACAUCCGCUCCAUGGGACAGUGGACCAAUCGGCUCUUUGAAUACUUCAGGCAGCUGGAACCCCAAGCGGGCAGCACCAAGCGACUCAGCACAAGCCUGAGGAAGAGGCAGCGUGGGGGGAAAAGCUCAGCAAAAUUAAAUGACAACCAUCGGUUUUGCGACAUUAAGUGCUUUGUGGAAGGGCCGUAUGGGACCCCAACCCGGCAGAUCUUUGCCUCCGAGCAUGCGGUGCUCAUAGGUGCCGGCAUCGGAAUCACGCCCUUUGCAUCCAUCCUGCAGAGCAUCAUGUAUCGCUAUCGCAUGCGGAAGCAGAACUGCCCCAACUGCAACUAUUCCUGGUGCGAGACCAUCAAAGACGGCGAGAUGAAGCUGCGAAAGGUGGACUUCAUAUGGAUCAACCGAGACCAGAAGUCUUUCGAGUGGUUUGUUAGUUUGCUGACCAAACUGGAGAUGGACCAAGCCGACGAAGAACCAGAGGGCCUGUUCCUGGAGAUGCACAUGUACAUGACUUCGGCUCUGAGCAAGAAUGACAUGAAGGCCAUCGGACUGCAGAUGGCGCUAGAUCUGCUUGCCAAAAAGGAGAACCGGGACUCGAUAACCGGCCUGCGUACCCGAACCCAGCCAGGGAAGCCAGAAUGGAACAAGGUCUUCCAGAAGGUUGCGGAGGAGAACAAAGGAAAGGUGCAUGUUUUCUACUGUGGCUCACUGGCCCUGGCCAAGCUCAUCAAGGCCCACUGUGAGCAGUUUGGCUUCAAGUUCUACAAAGAGAACUUCUAAGGGCUGGGAUCUUCUGCUCUCCACACACGAGCAUGCGGCCUGGAGACUGGGGCGCCACCUAGAGACUCCUCACUGUGCAACACCUUUUCAGUCACCCUUUAAGUGACCAUUUAAGUUCAAGGGCCAGCGGGUCCGCAACAGUCUACUAGCCUCAUUAAGUCAUGCUACUCCUAACAUCUCUUAUCACGAGGGGCUCCACAAUUGUACUGUAUGUUAUCAUCAUAAUGACAAAUGUUACAAAUUAGCUAAUGCAACAAUCCAAAGUGAGGCCACUGUUGCAAAAUUCAACUUCUUUGGAAAGAAAGGUCAGUUCUCUACAGCUCCAGUGUUCUUGUGAUGCUGUUUACGGGCAGCUCAGUAGUCUGCCUCCUUGUAGUUGCUGUAAAGCAGUG